AUGGCCGCCCUUCGCACUUCUCGGCUACUGGCCUCUUCCCGGCCACCGUUCACACCGUCGGUCUUCGCUCGUUCCUAUGCCACCGUCGACCCGAUCUCGAAGGUCAGCGAAGCGACUUCGAGUAGCAGCAAGUUUGUGCCCGAGUCGCAAACCUCGACGGUCCAGGAACCUGCUCCUUCACAGACACCUCGUACCAAGACCUUCCAUGUUUACCGAUGGGAUCCGGACCAGCCCUCCGAUAAGCCUCGCAUGCAAAGCUAUACCCUUGACUUGAACAAGACCGGUCCUAUGAUGCUGGAUGCUUUGAUCCGUAUUAAGAAUGAAGUCGAUCCAACCUUGACCUUCCGACGAAGCUGCCGUGAGGGAAUUUGCGGAAGCUGUGCCAUGAACAUUGAUGGUGUCAACACGUUGGCAUGCUUGUGCCGUAUCCCUACCGACACAGCCAAGGAAUCUCGCAUCUACCCGUUACCACACACUUACGUUGUCAAGGAUUUGGUUCCUGACCUGACUCAUUUCUACAAACAAUACAAGUCGAUCAAGCCUUACCUCCAACGCGACACUAAGACUGAGGAUGGCCUUGAAUUCCGUCAAUCUCCCGAGGAUCGCCGCAAGCUCGACGGUCUCUAUGAAUGUAUCCUUUGCGCCUGCUGCUCAACUUCCUGCCCUUCAUACUGGUGGAACAGCGAAGAGUAUCUUGGACCAGCCAUUCUCCUACAGUCGUACCGCUGGCUUGCUGACUCUCGUGAUGAGAAGACUGAGGAGCGCAAAGCAGCUCUUAACAACAGCAUGAGCGUAUACCGAUGCCACACCAUUCUCAACUGCUCAAGGACGUGCCCCAAGGGCCUUAACCCCGGUAAGGCGAUUGCUGAAAUCAAGAAGAUGCUGGCUUUUUAG